AAAACAUUUCUUAAGCUUUGUAUCAAAACCAUUUCGAUAGGUCAUGAGCGAAUUGUUGAAGUGCUACUUAAAAACGGAGCAAAUGUGAACGAUCAAAAUGACGACGGAGAAAGUGCCUUGAUUUGGGCUUCGAUUCAAGGUCACUCAAAUGUUGUUGAGUUACUGAUAAAGAAUGGUGCAGAUUUUAAUUUAAAAAAUAAGCACGGAAAUUCACCAAUACAUGGUGCCGCAUAUUACGGUCAAGAGCGAGUUAUUGAGCUUCUACUCAAAAACGGAUCAAAUGUGAACGAUCAAAAUAAGGAUGGAGAAACUGCGUUGUAUUUGGCUUCGGAAAGAGGUCACUCAAAUGUAGUUGAGUUAUUGAUUAAGAAUGGAGCAGAUAUUAAUGUGAAAGAUGACGUCGGAUGGUCACCAAUUUAUGCAGCAGCUUUAUAUGGACAUGAACGUGUUGUUGAAUUAUUGAUCACAAAUGGUGCCCUUGUAAAUAUCAAGAAUCAGAUCAGAUGGACACCUUUAAUGGCUGCCGCUAGAGAAGGUUAUGAGCGAAUUGUUGAAACUCUACUUGAAAACGGAGCAAAUAUCAACGAUCCAAAUAACAUAGGAGAAACUGCCUUGUAUUGGGCUUCGGGUAGAGGUCAUUCAAAUAUUGUUGAGUUAUUGAUUAAGAAUGGUGCAAAUAUUAAUUUCAAAGAUAAAUACCAAUGGACAGCAAUUUAUAUAGCUUCUUCCAAUGGUCACUUAAAUGUUGUUGAGUUAUUGAUUAAAAAUGGCGCAGAUAUUAAUUUGAAAGAUAACAACGGAUGGUCACCAAUAAUUGCCGCCGCUCGAAAAGGUCAUGACGGAGUUGUUGAAGUUCUACUAAAAAACGGAGCAAAUAUGAACGAUCGAAAUAAUAACGGAGAAACUGCCUUGUAUAUGGCUUCGGAAAUAGGUCACUCAAAUGUAGUUGAACUAUUGAUUAAGAACGGUGCAGAUAUUAAUUUGAAAGAUAUCGAGGGAGGGCCACCAAUUUACGCAGCUUCUGUAAAUGGACAUGAACGUGUUGUUGAAUUACUGAUCACAAACGGUACCCUUGUAAAUAUCAAGAAUAAGUACGGAUAUUCACCAAUACAUGGUGCUGCAGAUAAAGGCCAUGAGCGAGUUAUUGAAGUGCUACUUAAAAACGGAGCAAAUGUCAACGAUCAAAAUAUCGAUGGAGAAACGGCAUUGUUUUGGGCUUCGAAAGAAGGUCACUCAAAUGUGGUUGAGAUUUUGCUUAAGAAUGGCGCAGAUAUUAAUUUGAAAGAUAACAACGGAUGGUCACCAAUAAUUGGCGCCGCUCAAGAAGGUCAAGAGCGAGUUAUUGAGCUUCUACUCAAAAACGGAUCAAAUGUGAACGAUCAAAAUAACGAUGGAGAAACUGCGUUGUAUUUGGCUUCGAAAAGAGGUCACUCAAAUGUAGUUGAGUUAUUGAUUAAGAAUGGAGCAGAUAUUAAUUUGAAAGAUAACAACGGAUGGUCACCAAUUUGCGCAGCUUCUGUAAAUGGACACGAACGUAAUGUUGAAAUACUGAUCACAAAUGGUACCCUUGUAAAUAUCAAGAAUAAGAUCGGAUAUUCACCAAUACAUGGUGCUGCAGACAACGGCCAUGAGCGAGUUAUUGAAGUGCUACUUAAAAACGGAGCAAAUGUCAACGAUCAAAAUAACGAUGAAGAAACGGCAUUGUUUUGGGCUUCGAAAGAAGGUCACUCAAAUGUAGUUGAGCUUUUGCUUAAGAAUGGCGCAGAUAUUAAUUUGAAAGAUAAUAACGGAUGGUCACCAAUAAUUGGCGCCGCUCAAGAAGGUCAAGAGCGAGUUAUUGAGCUUCUACUCAAAAACGGAUCAAAUGUGAACGAUCAAAAUAAGGAUGGAGAAACUGCGUUGUAUUUGGCUUCGGAAAGAGGUCACUCAAAUGUAGUUGAGUUAUUGAUUAAGAAUGGCGCAGGUAUUAAUUUGAAAGAUAACAACGGAUGGUCACCAAUUUACGCAGCUUCUGUAAAUGGACAUGAACGUGUUGUUGAUUUACUGAUCAUAAAUGGUGCUCUUGUAAAUAUCAAGAAUCAGAACAGAUGGACACCUUUAAUGGCUGCCGCUCAAGAAGGUCAUGAGCGAAUUGUUGAAGUGCUACUUAAAAACGGUGCAAAUGUCAACGAUAAAAAUGACGACGGAGAAACUGCCUUGUAUUUGGCUUCGCGUAAAGAAAAUAGGAAAAUAAUUGAACUUCUAAGUAUUCGGCCCUCAGAAAAUGCCUGUGUCCGCCAUUCAACGGAUCGUAUUGUAACUGUUGAAUUGGUCCCAGACGAUGAAAAUCCACAGAUUUUUGUAUUUGCAAGAAAUUAUUCAGGGGAUCGAAGUUUUAAUGGUGAAUUAGCUGAAAAUAAUGAAUUCCCUUGGAUGGCAGCAUUGGUCUAUUUCGACGAGGAUUAUAAGGUGUCCUUCGAUUGUGGUGGUACAAUCAUUUCGAACAAAUUUGUGCUGACGGCAGCACACUGUAUGAGUCGGAGACAACCGAUAAUGGUUCGAAUGGGAAGGGUGUCUUUGAAAAACGGAAAUAAUGACGCAAUUAAAGCAACUAAUCAUGAAAUUGAGGGGAUCAUCGUUAACCCACGUUAUGAUCGUGACACGAAAGUGAAUGACAUUGCUUUGAUUCGGGUCAAAAACACAAUCCAAUUUUCAAGUUACAUUAGGCCAGCUUGCUUACAAACAAAUUUGCAUGACAUACCAUCGGAUGUGAAGCUCACUGUAACCGGCUGGGCAACUACAUCAGCUGAACAGAAUGUGCAAUCAGAGAUCCUGCUCAAAACGGAAUUGAUUACGAUGCCCCUAUCGGAAUGCAACUCAACAAUGAUGGAAUGGAAUCGUGAGCCAAAUUUGCCAACACAUCGAAACGGUCUGAUUCAAGGACAGUAUUGUGCACAUGACCCUCAAGGAAAAAACGACACUUGCUACGGAGACACUGUUGGGCCAUUGCAAUAUUUCCCAAACAAUGAAACAUCGCUGGCCACGGUGGUUGGCAUUGUAUCGUUUGGUCAAAGCUGUGGUCUUGCUUUAUCAACCAUUUUCACUAGGGUCGCAUAUUACUUGGACUGGAUCGAAGGAAUUGUUUGGCCCAACGUAUAAGGCACCAAAUGAUUUGAAUUUGGAUGAACGAAAACACUUUUAAUGAAUAAUUUUUUUUAGUUCUCUUUCUCAUU